UCGGGCGCCGCCAGUGCAGCCAACGAAGUGCUCCGCGACGCAUGUACCGCACACCGGCGGCGCCGGACUGCGAGCUACAGACCACGGCGGCAUCGGACUGCGAGCUACAGACCACGGCGGCAUCGGACUGCGAGCUGCAGACCAUCAGAUACCGGACUGUGAGCUAAAGACCGCGGCGGCACCGGACUGCGAGCUACAGGCCACGGCGGCAUCGGACUUCAAGCUACAGACCACGGCGGCAUCGGACUGCGAGCUGCAAACCACGGCGGUAUCGGACUGCGAGCUACAAACCACGCAGGCGCCGGGCUGUGGAUUACAGACCACAGAGGCAUCGGGCUUUGAGCCAUAGACCACGGAGGCAUCGAACUACGAGCUACAGCCAUCAGGCAUCGGACUGUGAGCUAAAGACCACGGAGGCAUCGGGCUGUGAGCCACAGGCCACCGUUAAUAUCGGCUGUAAGCUACAGACCACCGUCAAUAUCGGCUGUGAACUAUGGGUCAUCGGGUCAAACCCUGAACUGCGGGCCACCGGGACAGCCGAAGCACUUAACUACAUUUGGAUAUUGUGCUGUGAGCCGCCACACCGGCCCGCUGGCUCAACCGCUAGCGCUGGGCGUCGUGCUAUCGAGCAGUGACCUAUGCCAUUCUAAGAUCGGCCCGGUACGUGCUGCAUUUCGGCGUGAAAUGUUAGACAGCCGAAAAAGCUUCAUUUCAAAGCGGACUUAACGCUGCGGACCGUCGCUAAGAACCGAGAUAGCCAUCGGCACCGUACAAUGUGUCUGCAUCAGCUAGCGGAUGCGGCAUAACGUACACAAUCCAAUCCGCUGGGUCAGUACGUAUCCACCCUGCAAUCGGCUGGGUCAUUGCGUCUCCACCCUGCAAUCGGCUGGGUCAGUGCGCCCCCAUCCUGCAAUCGACUGGGCCAGUGCGUCUCCACCCUGCGAUACGCUGGGUCAGUGCGUCGCCAACCACCCAUCCGCCGCUCCAGAGCGGGCCAGCUGCCCCUGACCGGGGGCGUUUGCUGCGGACCUCGCCGUGCGCCCCGGACACCCGACCGCAACACAGGAGCCCACGUCCGGGACGAUGCAUAUCUCCGUGAGCAGGCUGCUGGCUGCGGCCGUCUGCCUCGGCUGCUGCGUUUUCGCCAUCAACCUGUCUGGCGGCUGCGAGUCCCAGACAACCUGCAAAAAAUGUCAGACCACUAGCGAUGCCUGCGGCUGGUGCUACAGUUCAAGUUCGCAGGACUUCCGCUGCACAUCACUUGAAACAGCACGUAACUCCAGCGACAUCUGUUUGCCGUGCCAUGAACUACCGCGAGUCGCCCGUCAGGCGAACCGUUGCGACCGCAGUGGGUGCAUGGGGGUAAAGGACGAGGUGUGCUCAGGGCACGGCACGUGCGUGUGCGACACGUGCACCUGUGAGCCCCGUUACAAGGGCGCCGUCUGCCAGAACUGUCCCAGCUGCUGGGGCGAGCUGUGUCGACCGCUGGCGAACUGCGCGCGCUGCGUCAAACGCGAGGGCAACGCCACGCUGUGCAACGCCUGCCCACUGGACACGCAGCUCAUGGACGCCGAGCCGGUCCACUCGGAGUCGUCCGAGUGCGUGUUCGACACGCUGUCCAUCGUGGACGACUCGCGCUGCUCGUUCCGUGUGCGUUACUGGCGGGACGACCUGCUCGAGCUGCACACGCGGAUACAGUUGCGGUGCGGCAGCGCCCGAGGUCGGUUCCCAUUCGGUGCAGAGGCGCCUGCGGCCGACAGCUCUACAACUACGACAACGACGACGACGGGGAUGACUACCACCACUACCACUACCGCCGCUCAACCGCCAGUCACUAAGCCGCUGGCAACGGCGGCAACGGCGGCGACGUCUAUUUCCAGUUCCAAAUUAAGUCAACAGGUGGCGCCAAAAUCACCGACGCUUCUUGCCUCCACGCCACCGCCGACGGCCGGUGGAGGGGUCACCACGCUUGCGGCAGGUGUCGUGGUUGCGUGGUGCCUCUGGGCAGGGAGGCAGCUUAUCUGAAGGGAGUGAUGUUGGGUGUCGGAUGUCGCAUGUCGGGU